AAUUACUAUAUAAUGACUGUUUGUUGACACUGAAUAUAUCGACACAAUCAACAGGCAAUGUUCGUGCUAUCUCAAAGAGCCCACUUUGAAGCGUGUAUCCUCCAGAGGGAGACCUCCGCGGUCAUUUCAAUGGGUGGAUUGAACAAAGGAUAAAGAGGAGGGGAAAGGGACACAAGUGGGCAUUGUGGCAAAUAUCAGCGAGCCAAUAGAAACCCGUUUUGGAUUCUCUGUAACUUUGGAGAGUCAAUAAGAGCUGAAGUUUUAGCUUAUUUUUUACUGGCCGGUCGACCUCUGUGGUUUAUUCGCAUAAUUCAGAAACUCUCCUUGAACCAGACUGCACCCCUAAAAUGCCGCUCAUCCUCAAGUUGGAGUAAAAGAGUGCUCUGGAAUUUUUUAUUCAAAGAACUGUGCCAGAAAGUAAGCAACUUUGUAAACACCUGGUCACCUGCACUCAGGAGUCAUGGCGCCCGCUGUCGGAGGUCCCGUGGGCUACACCCCGCCAGAAGGGGGCUGGGGUUGGGCCGUGGUGAUUGGUGCCUUUAUUUCUAUCGGAUUUUCCUACGCCUUCCCGAAGUCCAUCACCGUGUUCUUCAAAGAAAUCGAAGUGAUCUUCAAUGCCUCCAGCAGUCAAGUCUCCUGGAUCUCCUCCAUCAUGCUCGCUGUCAUGUACGCAGGAGGUCCUGUUAGCAGCAUUCUGGUCAAUAAAUAUGGAAGUCGUCCCAUUAUGAUUUUAGGAGGUUUACUCGCAGGAACAGGACUCAUUGCUGCCUCAUUCUGCAACACCGUCGAGGGCUUGUAUUUCUGCGUUGGUGUUGUGGGAGGUCUGGGAUUGGCAUUCAAUCUCAACCCAGCUCUCACUAUGAUUGGCAAAUAUUUCUACAAGAGACGGCCGAUAGCUAAUGGUAUUGCUAUGGCUGGCAGUCCGGUCUUUUUAUCGACUCUCGCUCCUUUAAACACAUGGUUCUACGAUCAGUUUGGCUGGAGGGGAAGCUUCUUGAUCCUGGGUGGACUUCUGCUCAACUGUUGUGUAGCCGGAUCGCUGAUGAGACCCAUCGGUCCGAAGCCUAAACCGGCUGUUAAAGGGGUCACCGUAAACGGCCAAGCCCCCGAACGAAAGACCGCGAUUGAGAAGAUCAACAGUUUUAUCGAUCUCACGCUCUUUAAGCAUCGUGGUUUCUUGCUGUAUCUUCUGGGUAAUGCUAUCCUGUUCUUCGGCCUCUUCACUCCCCUUGUGUUCCUCAGCAAUUUCGCCAAGAGCAGAGAAAUCCCCAAGGAGAAGGCGGCUUUCUUGCUCUCUGUCCUGGCUUUUGUAGAUAUGGUGGCACGGCCUUCUAUGGGAAUAGUGGCCAGCACAAAAUGGGUGAGACCGAGGGUGCAAUACUUCUUUGCUGGCUCUGUCCUUAUGAAUGGUGUGUGUCACCUGUUCGCCACUCUGUCGACGGACUACUUAGGAUUUGUGAUUUACUCCAUCUUCUUUGGGUUUGCCUAUGGGUGGCUGAGCUCCGUGCUGUUUGAGACCCUUAUGGAUCUGGUGGGAGCUCAGCGUUUCUCCAGUGCUGUCGGGCUGGUGACGAUUGUGGAAUGUGGGCCGGUGUUGCUGAGUCCUCCUUUACUAGGUAAAUUCAAUGACAUUUACCACGACUACAAGUACACAUAUAUUGCCUGUGGAAUUUUCCUUCUGGUUGGCGGUUUGUUUCUUUUCGUCGGGAUGGGCAUCAACUACAGACUACUGGAUAAGGAGGCGAAAGAAGAUUCAAAGAGAGCCAAGCUGCAGGGAAGGGAGGACAGUGUGAACAGAGAGCCUGGCAAAGACGUUGCAGAGGCUUUGAAAGUAGCCGAAGAAAAUACAGCGGAGCAUUCUGUCAUGCAAAAGGCAUUCAACUUCAAACUGUUGGUGCCCCCACGAGCUCAGGUGUCUGCAUUGAAGCAUAAGGAAAUAACGCUAGGCUUGAAUGAGGAAAAGUCUGUUUUUUCUCCGCCAGUUCAGGGUUACAACAAGUGUUCAGAUAUGGAGACAAGCCUUCCAUUUCCAUCCAAAAUGGUGCUUCCUACAAGGACACCAAGAGCUGAUGUUACUAAGAAGGUUGCAGUGAUACCAAUGGAAAAAGAAGAAACAUCAUUAAGAUCCAGCCAGCUGUUCUCCGGAUUGCUCGAUGUAGGUGAGAAAAUCAAAAUGUGGCAGUCCAGAGUCGAUUCUGAGAUUUCACAAAAAGACAGAAGGCUUCAGGAGAACAGGAAAACUAUUGAGACACAGCGGAAAGCUAUUCAAGAGCUUCAGUUUGCUAAUGAAAGUCUAAGCAUGAAACUAGAGGAUCAGCUUAAUGAGAAUGAAGACCUUCAGAAUAAAAGUAAUGCAACAAGAAAUUUGUGUAACAUACUGAAGGACACAUUUGAGAGAUCUGUUGACAAAAUGAGUGUGUUUGAGGCUGAACGGGAAGAAACUCAUGAUCUAUUUAUACAAAACAGUGAGAAUAUUCAGAGGAUGGGGGAAGCUUUUGAAAGUCUUAGGAAACAAGCAGAGGCCGAUCAGCAGGAUAUGUUGAAAAUGAGAGAAUGCCUCACACAGUUGGAGGAUCUUAAAAUGAAGUUUGAGAGUGAUUGUCUUGUAAAAGAAAAGGAGGUUACCAUGCUUCAAGAAGAAGUGCGCGAAAAUAAAAGAAGUCUUAAAGACCUUUCUCUUAAACUCCAAGAGACACAGCAGAACUGUGAUGAACUUAAGGGGUCUGCAAGACAACAUCAGGAACUACUUCAAAAUCUAACACAGGAGCGAGAGAUGCUUGAGGAAAAACUUAAAGCGACCGAGCAGCUCAAAUCGGAUAUUGAGGAAAAUCUAAGCGCCUUAACCAAUGAAGUAGAACAAAGCAAGGAAAACCAUGCAAAAGUCCUUCAAAAGAAGAAUACUCAAUUAGCGGAGCUAAACAACAUCAAAGAGCAACAGUCAAACCAGCUUGAAGAAAUGCAUCUGACAGUGAAUUCUUUGCAAUCCUCACUAACAACUGAAACACAGAGGGCCCAAAACCUUGAGACAAAGCUAAGCUUAGUAUUGAAUGAACUCAGUGACAAGACGUCAGAGUUAGAAGAAACCAAAGUGCAGAAAGACAACUAUGGCAAACAACUACAGAUACUUAAAGAUGAUCUGGAUGAGAAGUCAUCCCUACUCAAGUCAGUAAAGGAGAAAUUACAGAAAAGUGAGUGUCAAAUUCUCCAGCUUAUUGCAGCACUUGAAGAGAAACAAAAUGAAGCAUGCCAGUUGAAGGAAGUGAUGGAGAAAAAUGGAAACAUGAAGGAGGCUUUAAUCAAUGCUAAACAGGAGUUGCAAAAAGAAGUUGAUUUGAAAGAGACUAAGUUAAAAGAGAUAGAGGAACAUUUGUCAGGAGCUUUGGAGAGUGGUCGUAAAUCAUCAGAGGAAGUUGAAAGAUUGGAGAGGGACAUAAAGCAGCAAAAGAAGAAAUAUGAGGAACUGAUGUCGAAGUUUAAUGACCUGCAGAUGCAAAAGGACACCAUGCAACAAGAAAUUGAUCGUGGUGCUGUGGAGAACAAAGUCCUUAAUUCUCAGCUCAUGGAGAGCAAAGCAAAUGAAGAGAGGGGGAUGAUGGAAAUUGAGAGACUUGAGAGGGAAAAACAACAGCUUCAUGUGCAGGUGGAUAUUUUAUCUACAAAAAUUGCUGGACAGGAUGAAGAGGGCAAGAGUGCAAAGGAGCAGUUGAAAGAGAAUAGCAAACACUCAAAGAAAGAGCUUCAGAUGAAAGCUAAACAAAUCAAAACUCUGGAGUCAAAGCUAACAAACCUAAAAACCAAACUAGAGACCAAAACAAAAGAUCAUGAGGAAUGCAUUAAAGAGAUAACUGCAUUGAGGGAUGAAUCAGAUGGUGCAAAGAAACUUUACAAGGAGGAGCUUCAGAAAAUAUGCUCUGACCUUAAAGAGAAAUCAACAUCUGAGGCACAACUUAACUUGGAGGUGAAAGAACUGAAACAAGCAGCUUUGGAGGCAGUGAAGAGUAAAGAAGACACAGAAACCAAAUGUCAGCAGAAGAUAUCAGACAUGGUUGCUCUGAUGGAGAGACACAAGCACGAGUAUGACAAAAUGGUGGAAGAAAAAGAUGCAGAGCUGAGUGAUAAACGGAUGAGAGAAGCUGAAAUCAACGCAAGUAAAGCACUACUGGAGCUUGAGCUGUCCCAUCUGCAAGUGGAAAAUGAUGAACUGAAAGAACAACUUGAGAAAGUCACAAAAGAAAAGGAGACCUUGAAGGUGCCGUUUGAAAAAGGCACACCUCAACAGAUCUCUGACACCAAAUUAAAGAAAAGCAGAAACAGGAUCUCUAAAACUCCAAAAGUUUCUGCUUCUACAAAAGCAGUUUAUGCCCUUUUAAAUGAAGAAAAUGAUUCUCCACUAAAAAAUACACCACUCAGUCCUGUUGGAGCAGUGAAACAAACCCCCAAAAGUCCUCUUCUGAGCCUGAGGACAAAAUAUGAAGCAACACCGCAAAUAAAGUCCUUCAGAAUCCGCACACCACAAAGACCAGACAUAACAGGGUCUUGGAAAACCAACUUCUUGAAACUGGAUCCCAAGUCGGACAGCUCAGACAGCAAUGAUAUACUGAGUUUCUCUCCAAGACCGGUUAAAUCAAAGAAACCUAUGCAGCCAAAAGACGUAGAAGCAGAAAGUUUGGGCUUGUUCAAAAAAAUACAAGGUUCUGCUGUGUGCAAGGCUCCAGGAACAGCUCUGAAACUGGCAGCGAUCAAGAGAAUGCGAGAUGCAGGUUGGACCAGCAUUAGCAGUGCAACUCAGAAAAAAAGAAAAGUUACAGAGAAAAUAUUUGCUUGAAAUGUUUGGUAUCAAAAAAUUAUCUUUAAUUUCAUUUAAAUGAUUGUCAUAUACUCAAUACACUAUUUAACAUUAUAGUAUGUUCUGUUAAAAUAGAUAAUUUACAAUGUUCAUCAAAAACGUUGCGUUCCUGAUAGUUGUUGUUUGCAGUUGAAUUAUUAGUAAUUUAUUUGCAUCUUAAGCGUAUACUGAUUUGAGCAAUUUCAUUAACUCGUUUCAUUAAUAUUUACUUAUCUAAAACUUCAUAAAAAAGAACUUAAUUUAAUAACCUGAAAACUUUGUUUUACAUUGGAAAGCUUCAUGUAAAAGUAAGCAUUUCUUCUGAAAAACUUAAAAAAAUAAAUGAGGCUGGUUUCUGUAUUGA